UGCCGCUCCUCCCGGGACGACGGGACGGGAGGGGACCGGAGGAGACAGGCGGCGGCAGGAUGGGGCUGGAGCUGUACCUGGACCUGCUCUCGCAGCCCUGCCGGGCGCUCUACAUCUUCGCCCGGAGCAACAACAUCCCCUUCGAGUUCAAGCGGGUGGAGCUGAUGAAGGGGCAGCACAGGACAGAGGAAUUCCAGAAGGUGAACGUCCUGAUGAAGGUGCCCGCCCUAAAGGAUGGUUCCUUCACCUUAGCGGAGAGCAUCGCAAUCCUCCUGUACCUGGCCCGGAAAUUCAAGACUCCUGAUCACUGGUACCCAUCCGACCUGCAGAAAAGGGCCAGGGUUGAUGAGUACCUGUCAUGGCAGCACAUCAACAUUCGUGGGAAGGGGAGCAAGCUGUUCUUAACCAAGGUACUGCUGCCUCUCCUCACAGGCCAGCCAUUUUCUCCAAAGAAACUGGAAAGUGUUACUGAAGAGCUGAACGUUGUCCUGAAGCAGUUUGAGGAGAAGUUCUUGCAGGACAAGCCCUUCAUUGCAGGCAGUGAGGUCUCCCUGGCAGACCUUGUAGCACUGGUGGAGCUCAUGCAGCCUGUAGGUGCUGGCUACAACCUCUUUGAGGAGAGGCCCAAGUUAGCAGAGUGGCGAAACCGGGUGGAAGAAGCGGUGGGGAAGCAGCUCUUCCAGGAAGCCCAUGAAGGGAUUUUGAACAUCCAGACUUUGACCGCUGAUAAGAUUGCACCUGAACUGCUGGAGCAUUUCAAGCACCAGCUCCUAAAGCAAGCCAGCCAGAAUUAGGGGGUUAUAGUCUAAUUAAAUGGACUUGUUCAGGCUUUUUGUAGUAUUUCAGCAUUUCUUCUAAAAAUGAUACGGAGACGCCAUUCCGCAAAAUGUACUUCAAACACAGCCUUUCUGCAAUUUAUAAGGGAAGAAAACUACAUUUUAAACAGACUGCAAUGAGGUGCUUUCCCCUCUUGUCCACUACAGGUAGGUGAGCUGUAGCCCUAUAGGAUUUUCUAUCUUUCUUCUCCACCACUGGAUCUGCUUGAGGACAGAGGUGAUUGGGUAGGAGCUAGGGCCAGUCGGAACAGCCCCUUCCAUCCCUGUUUUGAGUUUCCCAGGUCACAGCACUAUAGAGAAGCAAAGGUUUCCUGAGGGUAUGGCAGAGCAGAUCUGUCUGAAACAUGGAAAAAAAUCACUGAAAAUGGCUUUCACUUUGCAACAAGCUCAGCUGGAAGAUUUUUGCUCUUUAGUGAAGAGACAGGACAGGACCCAGCCCUUGGUGGGGACCCUGCCAGGGCUCUCUUGGAGCACCUGGCCACUAGAGGCUGCUGCGUCACCUGUGGGAGCAAAGGGACACAGUACCUAGGAGCAGGGGGCUGUGCAGGUACCCAAGGGAGGCUUCCAGCUUCUGGGAAGAUGAGGUUAGUCCCAUGAAUAAAGAUCCUCAGCUGCAGACUCAUACCAUACUUUACAAAGAACAGCCUGCAGCGCUGAGAAAAGCUGCUUUUGUAGGUGAAGCUGUGGCCAACCACAGGGUGUCCCUCUGCAAACCAUAGCGGUGCUCUUGUCCUUUCCCCAGAGCAGCUCUGUCAGUUCCGUGGAAGCUGUGCAAGCCAGGCUCUUUCCAGUGAGGAGUGCUGUCCUGGCUGGGCCAGCACUGGUGGCAGAGGGAGCUGUGAUGGCCAGGUCCGGGGUGACCGGAGUAUGAAGUGUAUGAGCUGAGUAAUGCCUCAAAUAUGGUUAAUGUUCCACUACUCCUCUGUCACAUGAGAUCUUCCAGUAAAGUUAAUGGUUACACUUGC